AUUCAACGAAACAAGCUUUCUAUAUUUGUUCUCUCAAACUACCUGCAGAAAUGAAUAAAGCAAAAACGUGUAUCACGGCCAGCUGGACCAGCAGCUGCAAAGACUGAUCACCAAAACAUUUUUAGUAAUGUCAGCCAAAAGUUUCAAUUCAACCCCAGAAUUUUUACAUCUAAUCCAGUAUUCCCAAUUGUAGUCAGGCCAGUAGAGACUCCAAGAUUCCUUUUAGACUCUCUGACCUCAUUUUCUGCUCUAACAUGCUAUAGUUAAUAAGAAUCCAUUUGUUUUUCCGUUUUGCUCAAGUCAUCUAGGUUCUAGGAAAAGGACUCAGCCAUGGAAGAAUCCAAAGAUGAGAUAAGAGCUCCUCUCAGUGAGUCCCUCUCUCUUUUUUCAACCUGUAAAACCCAACAAAAGUAGAUGCAACUUUUGUUCAUGUUUCUGAAACAUUUUCUUUUUGAGUAACUGUUUUUGUGCAGUACCUAAAGAUGAGAAGGAUGAAGAUGUUAGUAAUCCAUCCUCCUCCUCAUCAUCGUCACAGGCCAUGGCCUCAAAAUCUCAAGCAGAGGUCAGAGAUGUGCAAGAAGAAGAGGAUCAGAACUCACCCGUCAGACAAGUGGCCUUAACUGUACCAACUACAGAUGACCCUUCUCUACCAGUCCUCACAUUUCGAAUGUGGGUCUUAGGCACCAUUUCAUGUGUCCUCUUAUCAUUUCUUAACCAGUUCUUCUGGUACCGUACGGAACCCUUAACGAUCACGGCCAUCUCUGCCCAGAUUGCUGUGGUUCCUCUUGGUCAAUUGAUGGCUUCAAAAAUCACAGACCGCGUUUUCUUCAAAGGAACUAGCUCGGAAUUCACCUUGAAUCCAGGGCCCUUCAAUGUGAAAGAACAUGUUCUUAUUACAAUAUUUGCCAACUCUGGAGCUGGCAGCGUUUACGCCAUUCAUGUUGUGACGGCUGUUAAGGUUUUUUAUAAGCAGCACAUUACUUGCUUCGUCUCCUUGAUUGUUGUUAUAACGACUCAGGUGCUGGGGUUCGGAUGGGCUGGUAUAUUCAGGAGGUACCUAGUGGAACCAGCAGCUAUGUGGUGGCCUGCAAAUCUUGUUCAAGUUUCUCUCUUCAGGGCUCUGCACGAGAAGGAAGAGAGAGCCAUGGGUGGGGUGACCAGAACCCAAUUCUUCCUGAUUGCAUUCAUUAGCAGUUUUGCUUACUACGUCUUCCCAGGCUACCUCUUUCAAAUGUUAACUUCCCUCUCUUGGAUUUGCUGGACAUUUCCGCAAUCGGUUCUAGCCCAACAACUUGGUUCAGGUCUUCAUGGGCUAGGAAUAGGUGCUAUUGGGUUGGAUUGGUCCACCAUCUCCUCUUAUCUUGGUAGCCCACUCGCAAGCCCAUGGUUUGCCACAGCAAAUGUUGCUGUAGGAUUUAUCUUUAUCAUGUAUGUUUUGAUUCCCACCACCUACUGGCUUAAUGUGUACCAGGCCAAAACCUUUCCCAUAUUCUCCAAUGCUCUCUUCACGUCUACAGGUCAAGAAUACAAUAUCACAGCUAUCAUUGAUUCUAAGUUUCACCUUGACAUCGCGGCUUAUGAAAAUGAAGGACCUUUAUACCUUAGCACAUUUUUUGCAAUGACUUACGGUGUUGGUUUCGCUACACUAACUGCUACAAUUGUUCAUGUUGCGCUCUUCCAUGGAAGAGAAAUAUGGGAGCAAAGUAAAGCUAGUUUCCAGGAGAAAAAGAUUGACAUACACACCAGACUCAUGAGGAAGUAUAGGCAAGUACCUGAGUGGUGGUUUGUGUGCAUCCUUCUGGUAAACGCUGCUGCCACCAUAUUUGCCUGCGAGUAUUACAAUGACCAACUUCAGCUUCCAUGGUGGGGAGUUCUACUAGCAUGUGGCAUUGCCAUUGUUUUCACACUUCCAAUUGGAAUCAUUACAGCCAUUACAAACCAGACACCAGGGUUGAACGUCAUCACCGAAUAUAUAAUUGGGUAUAUAUAUCCAGGAUAUCCAGUCGCUAAUAUGUGCUUCAAAGUGUAUGGAUACACAAGUAUGACACAGGCUGUUACCUUCCUGCAAGACUUCAAACUUGGUCACUAUAUGAAAAUUCCGCCUAGAACAAUGUUCAUGGCACAGAUCGUGGGCACUCUCAUUGCUUGCUUUGUGUACCUGGGAACUGCCUGGUGGCUGAUGGAGACCAUCCCUGAUAUUUGUGACACAACAGCCUCCAACAGCGUCUGGACUUGUCCAAGUGAUACUGUGUUUUACGAUGCAUCAGUUAUCUGGGGUUUAGUAGCACCUCGCAGAAUUUUUGGAGACUUGGGAACUUAUGAGGCUGUCAAUUGGUUCUUCCUAUCCGGAGCCAUUGCUCCACUUCUUGUAUGGUUGGCCUCCAAGACCUUCCCUCGUCAAGAAUGGAUCAAGCUCAUUAACAUGCCAGUCCUGUUAGGUGCAACAAGUAAUAUGCCACCAGCUACUGCAGUCAACUACACUACCUGGAUCAUUGUUGGCUUCCUCUCUGGCUUCGUUGUAUAUAGGUAUAGACCGGAUUUAUGGCAACGAUACAAUUAUGUGCUUUCCGGCUCACUGGAUGCUGGCCUUGCUUUUAUGGGUGUGCUGAUAUAUUUAUUCUUGGGAUUAGAAAAUAUCAGUCUAGAUUGGUGGGGAAAUGAUCUAGAUGGAUGCCCUCUGGCUAGCUGUCCAACGGCCAAAGGUAUUGAGGUUGAAGGCUGCCCAGUGUUCACCUAAGGGUCCUACAGUUUAUUGCUCUGUAAAUCUUGAAGAUGUGUAACUUGGUUAGUCGGAAGUGCAGAUGAAAGCAUCUGUACGCCUAUUGCAUUUAGAAGGGAUUGGAUUUUUAGUUUGUCUUAGACAUGAAAUUGAAAUAAGAUUUCAGCAUAUUGCUGUAGGCUCGGUGUCCAAUAUGACUCUUGUGAUAAUAGGUUUGGAGUCUAGACAUCAUUCACCACAAUCCCAAAAACAGCAACUAAAAUGCAACCAGUUGCAAAUUGUAAUAUUAUU